ACAAGUUUUCUCAUCAUUGGCUACCAAAUAUCCCAUUUGAAUUGGUAUUGAACAAUGGAUUCGAAAAAAGCAAUCCUUAUCCUAGGUCUAUUGGCUAUCAUUCUUCUUAUCUCCUCAGAGGUUUCGGCUAGGGACUUAACUGAGGCAUCCUCUAAUACCCAAAAAGAGGCUGAUGAUCAAACAAAUGAAUUAAAUGAUGCCAAAUAUGGAAGCUAUGGUGGGGGCUAUCCUGGUCGUGGUGGUGGUGGUAAUUAUGGUGGUGGUUAUCCUAGAAACCGUGGUGGUUACCCUGGAAACCGUGGUGGUAACUAUGGUGGUGGUUAUCCUGGAAACCGUGGUGGUAAUUAUUGUCGCUAUGGCUGUUGCGGUGACAGGUAUUAUGGGAGUUGCAGAAAGUGUUGCUCAUAUGCUGGUGAAGCUGUUGCCAUGCAAACAGAGAACAACACUCGUAACUUAGCAAAGAUGAAUAUCAGACCCGUUAUAUUCUUGUGUUUCCUUUGCACACUACUUCUUAUCGCUUCAGCAGCAACUGAACCGUCCAAAGAUGGAAAAGAAGCCGGGGCGACAGUAGAACCCAAAGAUGGAUGGGGAGGAGGAGGACACGGUGGUAGUGGAGGCUGGGGAGGAGGUGGACAUGGAGGAGGAGGACACGGUGGUGGAGGCUGGGGAGGAGGUGGACAUGGAGGAGGAGGACACGGUGGUGGAGGCUGGGGAGGAGGUGGACAUGGAGGAGGAGGACACGGUGGUGGAAAAUGGGGAGGAGGAGGGAAGGGAGGACGUGGGGCAAGUCCAUGAAAACCAUGAAGCAUGCAUGUGUGUAUGAUCCCCAUGCAGUAAAUGAUGAUGUAAUAAGAAAUGUAAAAUAAAGCAUGGACUCUUAUCAUACUCCAUGCCUAGUCUUUAGGGUUAAAUCUUCCAUGUAACCACUUAUUAUUAACAAGUACCACGGUUUCACUUUCAUGCCAUAA